CAAAUGGUAAAGCAUUGUGCAACUGCAGACUGCUUUAUCCAAUAUAUAAGGAGCGGUUUGACUGACAUUCAAUUUAUUUAAGCAUCAAAAGAACAACAAUGCGCACCGGUGUCGGCCUUGCUUUCCUGUGCUUGGCAUGCUGUUUUCAUGGCUCUCUGUCUUGUCCAGCUCUUUGCAAAUGCUACCCAAGAAGAGCUGAGGUGGUCUGCAAUGACGUUCCCCUGACAGAGUUCCCAUCCCAGGGGCUCCCAAAGAACACCAGCCUGCUGACCAUCCAAUUCACCAACAUCAGCUCCAUCUCUGAGCACCACCUUAGUGCCAUGCCUCUUCUAGAAGGACUACAUCUAUACAGUAACAACCUGGAGAGCCUUUCAUCUCACCUGCUCAGGGGCGUUCCUCACCUGAAAACCUUGGAUCUCACUGAUAACAAACUGGCUCAUCUGCCUCAGGAUGUCUUCAGCCACGCCCCACUCCAAAGUCUGGUGCUCAAGAGCAACCUGAUAGAAACGGUGGAUGCAGACUGGUUUCCACCCAACAGCAGCCUGACCUGGCUAGAUCUGUCAGGGAACCGCUUAACCAGCAUCCCCUCAGCCCUGUUCCAGAGAUUGCCUCAUCUGGAGAACCUGGACUUGUCCUACAACCGCCUGGAGAAAUUACCCCCGGAUUCUCUGAAGCCACUGACCAGACUCGAGAGACUCAACUUGCGGAACAACAAGCUGAGCAGCCUCGAUCCAUCAGUAUUUCAAGGUGCAAGUAACCUGACAUUCCUUUUCCUCCCUGAGAACCGGCUUGAGAAGCUCUCGCCGACCCUCUUCCAGGGCCUCUCCAAACUCAGGUACCUGACCCUGGAUGGAAACCAGCUGAGUCAUGUCCCACCAGGUCUGCUGGACCCAUUGCUUUCCCUGGAUGAGGAGGGACUGGACCUCACCGUUAACCCCUGGCUGUGCGAUGGGAAGGUGGAGUACUUCUGGAGAUGGCUUGUGAAGAACAAACAGAAGGCCUUUGCAGAAGUGAACAUUAUAUGUGCUCAACCUCUGUCUCUAGCGGGGCGCUCCAUCAGCUCACUGAUGGAGAAUGAACUAAAUGUCUGAGCCUUAAUUUGUCUUGAGUUAGUCUUUCUUGUCAUUCUUAAAGUGUCAAGCCUCAACACUGUCACACAUCCAAUGCAGGUAAGUU